UUAAUUUAUUGUGUCUAGUAUCUUAUUCGCUUUUGUCUUUGCUGGUUCCCUUAAUAGGAUACUCGAAAUGCACCACCGGUAGUUAAUUUUUUCAUUUACGUUUAAACUAAAGAAGAGAGUAUUCAUUAACAACACGCAAGGAAAAAAAUAAACGCCAGUUUUGUAGAUCUCCUUGCUCGUUUGAUUUCAGCGCAGUAAGAACUUUCGACGUUUUACCAUUAUCUUGUGUAUGAAAUUACAACGAAAUACAGCUUCUGGAACGAUCAACAGCAAUUGUUUCCACAUGUGGAUGCCAUUAUGGUAUUGGAUGUUUUUUUCUUAUGGGGAUAAUAAAUAUCACAUCUCUGUCGAAAGGACAGUCUUGCUUGAGUGAACAAAGCAAACUAUGACCCGUUUCGUGUUCUAUAAAUUCACUGCUGCCUGAGGAAUAUGACAAGAUUAUGGAAAUGUUCCAGAAAAAAAACGUCAUAAAGUAUCUCUUACUCAGUGAAUGACAUCCUAACAGCGCGUAUUCAUGAAUUAAAGUCAAAAGCAGUAUGAAAUUUCGUGAAGUUUCCUUUAUCAGCAUGGUACGUGUUAAUUACUGGAGCGAUUUAACAGGUACCUGAACUAAGUGAAUGGGUAAAUAAGCUCGCUCGCAGAUUUGUGCUUCAUUUUCACUAAAGGGAGAUAGUUGUUAAGAUUGGUCCGUGAUAGAAAGUUCGCCUGCUUUGGCCAAGCCCUGAAGUUUUCAUAUCCACGUCUGGCCAUAGCCACGGUUAAAAGGCGGAAAGUGAAAACAGACGAUAUAGCGGAAAUCUUUGGGUUAAAUUCUUAGCCCCCUGGCCUUGCGCGCACGUGAGCUAACUUAACUGCAAACAGAGUUCAUCCAUAACUAACCACGCGGCUGGAUUCAUAGCAAAAGAGAAUGAAUUCUGUCGCGAACGAGACUGUCGAGUUUGAGCUGCCGUACUUCAAAGAGCCUCACUGGUUAGAGAUCGUUCGCUUGACACUCGAGUUCUUCAUCGCAACUCUCGGCAUAGUAGGAAAUGCCGUGGUAUGCUUAGUCAUAACUUUCCAACCCCAGAUGCAGACCGUUAUCAACUUCUACAUUAGAAACCUCGCCAUUGCAGAUCUAGGAAUACUUCUCUUCUCCUUCCCGCUAACGGUAAUUAAGGAACAAGAUCCAUAUCACUGGCCCCUGGGUGAAUACUUCUGUCGGUUUCUGUAUCCUGUCAAUGAUAUAUUUUACGGUGUUUCAGUGUGGUCCAUAACCUUGAUUGCCAUAGAUCGCUACAGAGCAAUAGUUGGAGGCCGUAUUCCUAAGCGAAAUUCCCUCAAUUUCAGAUCAGCAAGAUGGAUGAUUCUUGGCGUGUGGAUAAUGUCCUUCUUGGUCAUCUCCCUGCCUUUGUAUUUCGUGAUGACGUUCAUUGACCAGAACUCGUACAUCGAUUGUACUCCAAUCUGGCCGAGCGCCGAGCGAGGAAAUCUGGGAGAGAUGCAACAAAUCUACAGUAUCGCGAUCAUUGUAUUCUGGUAUGUUCUGCCACUCACCAUUAUCGUUGGAACAUUCCACAGCAUUUCAGUAAAGCUCCGAGUCAGCACUAACUUUAACAGAUCCAUACAAGAAGAGUGUAACGAAUCCGAAUCCCGCAACGCUCGCAAAAGACUUCGUGAGCGACAAAACAGUAGAGCUAAGAAGCUUUUAACACCUGUUGUAAUAGUUUUUGCUGUCACUAUGCUUCCCGUUAAUGUUUUCCGCCUCUCAUUUAUGUAUUGGGAAGGAAUUUCUGAGCACAAAUACUUGUGGGUUUUUUACAAUGUUUGCGUGAUCUUCGUCAUUGCAAACUCGUCGGCAAAUUUUUUCAUUUACUCCCUUGUGAGCGACGAGUUUCGCCAAAGUUUUAAGCGCCUCAUUUGUCGUAAUUCUAACUCUACUUCUCGUAGUACAACAGACAGAACUGUUCGAAGUCCACUUCACAGUCCUUUAAACCUAAGUCCUACAAAUUUAUACCCAACCAACACUGACAGACAAGAAUAAGACGAAGGGAACUCCAGACAACUUCAAGAGCGAAAUUCACGCGAGGUUUUGGCGACGACCUGCAGCAUCCUGCUGACAAAACAGUGGGAAAGACUGAUUCCUUUUAAAAGCUAAAUAUCUAAACGUACUCAAACAUUUAAAAUAGAGAAGAUUUCGCUGAUAGAUGCGUCGAGCUUCAACGCUCUUUAACAUUCGUUUUCAACGUGUUUGAAGGGCAUUUUUUAAUGGAUAAUUUUAGACAUUUGAAGACGGGUAUGACGCUCCCCGUGAACGGUAAUACUAUUAUUGUUUUAGUAAUGUUUUUUCUAGGUUUAAUUUCAUGAAGAAAAUGUGUAAACGCUAAGAUAUGGGGCUAAAAACAGCUGUCCUUGAAAACGAACAAGUUAAAAAGGUGUGAAAUAAAACGAUUUUUAU